AUGGGUAAGCCCGUAACCCGAUCCAUCGCUCUCUCCCUCAACAACCCGUCCUCUGCUUCCCAAGCCGCCGGCGACGCCGCUCAGCUCCGCCCUUCUCCGGGCAAACUCCCAUUCCGACCCCGAAAGAUCCGAAAGAUAAUCACCACCAAGGCCGCCGCCGCCGCCAAAACAACAGCCUCAUACUCACCUCCGCUCCCCGCCGUCGCCAAACCGUUAUCCACCGAAUGCGAAAUCGCCGCCGCGCUCAACCACCUCCGCAAAUCCGAUCCUCUCCUCGAAUCCCUAAUCGACCGGCACACCCCGCCCAAAUUCGACACCAGCAAACCCCCGUUCACCUCCCUAGCCAGAAGCAUCAUCUUCCAACAGCUCGCCACAAACGCCGCGCAGUCGAUCUACGCGCGCUUCCUCGCACUCUGCGGCGGCGGCGGAGAGAUUCUGCCGGACGCCGUGCUGGCGCUGACCGCAUCGCAGCUGCGGGAAGUCGGGGUAUCGGGCCGAAAAGCGGGCUACCUCCACGACCUAGCGGGGAAAUUCAGAGAUGGGUCGCUGUCGGAUUCGGCGAUCCUGGAGAUGAGCGAGGAAGCGCUGCUGGAGAGGCUGACGGCGGUGAAGGGAAUCGGCGUCUGGUCGGUUCACAUGUUUAUGAUUUUCUCGAUGCACAAGCCGGAUGUGCUGCCGGUGGGGGAUUUGGGCGUGAGGAAAGGCGUGCAAAACUUGUACGGGCUGAAAGGUUUGCCGGAGGCGGCGGAGAUGGAGAUGGUCUGUGAGAAGUGGCGGCCGUAUCGGUCCGUCGGAGCUUGGUACAUGUGGAGGCUCGUGGAGGCCAAUGCCGCUGCUGUGAAAGGUGCUAAUAAGAAGGUCAAGAAGGUCACUGUUGUUGCUGCUCUUGAGUAA